UGACAUAGCUGAAGUGAUGCUGGAUUUAAUUGAUUGGCUGACCCGCCAGGAGUUUGGCCGAAAGUGCAUGGUCAGUAUCAGAGAUCUCCUCUCGUGGGUAAACUUCAUGAACACAAUGGUGGAGGAAGCUGAUUCGAAAAGGCCAGACACCAUCUCUACAGUCACAUCUUUUGUUCAUGUCGCCUGCCUGGUGUACAUAGAUGGAAUAGGUUCAGGGGUAACUUCCUCUGGGUUUGGUACAGCUCUCUUGGCUCAAGAAGAAUGCCUGAAAUUCCUUAUCAAGAGACUUUCCAAGAUAGUCCAACUUACAGAAUCAGAAAAAUGAAUUGAAGAUUUAUAGCAUGCUCAAGGUCAAGGAAUUCACUGGGAUAGAUAACCUUUGGGGAAUUCAUCCAUUUUUUAU